UGGAGCAUUACAGAAGAAGCAAGAUAGGGAGUGUAUUCUAUGGAAGGAUCGCUUCUAGAACACUCAGAACUGAUUUGGAUUUGACUGUGACAUUUCCUCCUAAACUUUCAUCCUGGCCUCCAAUAUGACCACUUUAUAUACACUUUUCUUUGGGUUGCUGCUUGCAGUUUGUACUACUGCCCAAAAAGAUGCAGCACGAGCAUCAUCUACAUCAGGUUCCCGAGUAUUUCAGCCAUGGCUGUUGGGUCUGACGGCGGUAGUGGUGUUCCUCUUCAUUGUAUUUUCCUUGAUGAUAAUAAAUAGAUUGUUCUGCAAGAAAAAGAAGGAUGAGGAUGAGGAUGAAAAGAUAGAAAGAACCACCAUGAACGUUUAUGAUAAUGAUGGACUUGAUGAAGAAUCAGCCACUGAGAAGCAAAUAGAGAUGGAAGAUACCAAGAAGGCCAAGUGGGAGAAUGAAAACAAUGAACAGAAAAUCACUCCUAUGUAAUGCCACAGCCAAGUCCAAUGAAUGAAAGCGUCUUACGUGUUACUGUGUCAUGAAGGAUGGUCCUGCAGAA